GCAGUUGCAGUGUUGAUUUUGGAGAAUUUGCAUUGAUAUUUCUAUUAAAAUUGGCUAACAACAUAACAGUACAGCCUUUUUGCAACUCCAAUUACUUAGCUACGCUUCGUUUUAUACCUUCGCAAUGCCGAAAGUAGUAUCCCGUAGCAUCGUCUGUUCGGACACAAAAGAUCAAGAAGAAUACAACGAGACUAAGCCACUGCACAUCUACUACUGCAUAUGCGGCCAGAUGUCCCUGAUUUUAGACUGCACUAUCGAUCGAUUGCCGCUGCGGCCGACGGACGGGGCGCGCGUGAUAGACGGCUCCAAACAUGCUCAUAAAAUUACUUCAGACCCCGAUGAGACAGUUUAUUUGAAGCGCGAAAAGGGUAUUGAGAGACAACACAGGUUAAAAUGUAAAAAAUGCGCGAUCCCUAUAUACUACAAGGCGGAUCAAGACAGCAAUGUUGUUUUCAUAAUGAAAGGAGCCUUAGUACAAACUGCGGGUGAAAAUAACGUUACAGAUAUGUACAAACAAGUAGCGUUAACGCAGCCUAAGAAAAUUAUGGUUACUAAACACACUAAGAACAUGGGCAAGUUCAGUUCGGUGACAGUUUCGACGAUAGAUGAAGAAGAGGAUGAGAUUGAGGCGAGAGAGGUAGCGGACAGUUACGCUAACAAUGCAAGGAUUAUUGAGAAACAGUUGGAGAGGAAGGGCAUGAAUAAGAGACAGGCGGAGGCUCCGGUGCAGGUCCAGGAGAAAAGGGUUCGGGGGACUUUGAUUGAUAAAUAAGUUUGGAUUUUUAUGACUGACUUUUGAUUUCUAAUUUCAGACUUACAAUUUAAAUUUAUUUUCCUUCUAAGUUCUCAGUGUUGCAUACUUAACACCGCUCAGCUACGGUCAUAGCAGUAUGUCAUAACCAUGGGUUUCCCACUGUGAAAGUGCUUUGUAGAGGCAAAACAACAACAUGUCAUGAUUAGCACUGAAUGGGUUAAAAUCCAUAAGAGCUGAUAAAUAUUUCAAGUUAUUAUGCAAUUUUACUGCCAAAUUAUGCAAUAUGUUUCAUAACUGUUUUAUUUAUCCUGUUUUUUUUUUUAUGUUAAAAACCAGUUGCCUCUAAAUACAUUAAAACAAACUAAUAGCAUUCAUUUUUUUAUUAAAUGAAAACAAUUUUACAAUGUUCAUUUUAAACAAUAAAUAUAAUAAUGUUUAAAUAUUAAUAUGACUGACGGAAUAAAUAUAUCUUUCACUUACAUUUUGUAUUUACAACAAUUAUGUACAAUCAGAUGUAUUAGCCAAUCUGUACUAGGAUAUAAAAAUGUACUUUAAAAAAAAAGACAAAUUGUUUAAAUUCUGAAAUUUCAAUUUUGUACAUUAUUUACAUAUUUUUGUAUACUUUUCGCAAAAAGUGGCUUAAGUUCCUGUUUGAAAGCAUAAAUAAUCAAGGUUUUUUUUACUUUUCUUGGGAUCAAAAAUGCAGGAGUUGACUGAAAGAAUGUAUGACCAACUCAUAUAAAAAUCUAUUUAUCCAAUCCAGUUUAACAAUAAAUGUAUUUACUACAAGUAAACACAAUGAAAUGCUGCAAAUUAUUGGUGACGGUUGUGGAAAGCCAGAGACAGAUGAAUGGCAAAGGCUCAUCAUAAUAUGAUAUCUUAGAUUAUAUCUAAGAGACCUUCCAAGAUCAAGUUACUGGUAUUUUUUAACCACCAAAGGAAAGAGUGGUGUAUAUAGUAUGUACUAUGUAUUUGAUUUUAUCUGAUACAAGACAAAAUACAAAUACAAAAAUACAAAAUUAUUUAAGACAUGAAAGACAAAAGUUGUGUCAUACAUUUUUUUGUAUUAUUUCACUCCAACUUGGACAUAGCAUAAGUAUGUCACAACGAUGUAUUCAAAUCGAAACUAUUCUUAACUAAUAAAAAUAUUUAAUAUUUUUACAUCUCUAAUAAACUUUGAUAGCAUAGAAUAAACAGACGAAUAUACACAACAAGGACUAACAAAACAUUUAGGAUAUACAUACAAGUAAAUCACAAAGAAUAGUUAAAUAUCAAGAGUAAUAAAUGGGCACCAUUUUUAAAGAAGGCAAAUGGGUGACUUGCAAAAAAAACGUAGUUAAAUAUAGUAGUCCCGUGGACCACUAAUGGUAAAAAGAAGUACCCACAUGGGGCGGCACGUAUUUGCAACCCUAUGGGGUACAGAACAUUACGGCCCAAAGAAUCUGGAAUUUCCUGGAUUCAUUAGUAAUUAACUUUUAAGAGCUGUCACAAUAAAUUACUGCCUGGUCGACGUGGCACUCAAAGGCCCACAAACUCCAAUAAAAAUAAAAAUAAUUGGUAGUUAAUGAGCUGUAACUAGUCUUAAGUUAAUUGAUACUAUUGUGUUACGAAAAUUAACCAUGUAAUAUGUAUUGUAUUCAUUGUACAUAAUUUAUACACAUAUGAGUUUAUAGCAUACGCCAACACACUUCCAUGCGUGUAACAUAAAUAUAAACUGUUUAAUUGUCGUAACACAAUGGAAUCAAUUAACUUAAGACCAUUACAGCCCCUUAACUGUACCAAUUCACCCAGAUAAUAUAAAAAAAACUUAAAUAUUCAUCUAUUACUAACUCUAGAUUAACUAAAAGGAAAUAACUAUAAUCAAUUAAUGUGAAAGUUAGCAACAAAAUAGAAGUACUGUAGAUUUUUUAAAUGCAUCAGUAUAAUAGAUUUCUCAGAACCAGAAAAUGGCAGUUGGCACUUAUAAUUAUAAAGAUAGGGAAGCAUAGAAUUGCGCGAUUUCAUUCCAUAGUAGGUAAGAAUAAAGAAACUUGAAUAGUUCCAAUAACAAUGUACUAGAUGGCUUCAAACUUGAAUAGUUCCAAUAGAAUGUAUCUCUAUUACUUGCGCCAUCUGUGGACUGGUUGAGUACAACUAUUUAAAAAAUAUCGGAAGUAGUUUCCUGUUAUCUUGUCUCCUUGGGCAUAACUAAUACGUCGGUUUAUUUAUUAUAAUGUUAUAUUCUUAUAUCUAUGGAAUGUUCAUUUGAAGAGAUGACAGCUAAACUACGUCAUUUAAUCGAUUACUUAAAAGGGCACUUCCUAGGGGUCCUUACUAAGCGAAUAUAUAAAAUUUGACACAGUAAAUAAAACAAAAUUACGUGGUUCAUACCUAUAUUAAUAAGUUUCCAUUGUUGUAGUUUUGACUUAUUUUUAUGUAUUUUUGUCGAAUGUCGACGUUUCUUCCUAGCUUCUAAAAAAUCUGUUAUAAUUUCUUUAAAGUAUGUAAUGUUGUAGUGUAAAUUAUUGUAUCUACCAACUGUAUUUAUUUUCAUAGUCAAAUAAAUAAUAGUACCUA